AUGGCAUCUGCUAGAAAGGUCGAGUUAUCGAGGGAGCUGCUUGCAGCUAGCAAAGUGGCAAAAGUGUUUCCGGAAAGCGAGAGACCAAUGACUUCCAUCUCGUUCAAUGAUACAGGAGAGUAUUGUGUUACUGCUGGCGAUGAUGAUAGCUUGAACGUAUACAACUGCAAAGAGGGAACUGCUCGCUCAACUCUCUACUCUAAAAAGUAUGGUGCCACGCUCGCUCGAUUCACACAUCACAAAAACAACGUUAUUUAUGCAUCCACUAAAGAAGAUGACACACUAAGAUACCUAUCCGUGCACGACAACAAAUACAUUCGCUACUUUCGAGGACACAAAAAGAGAGUUAUUGCAGUCGAAAUGUCGCCAGUCAAUGAUACCGUAAUGACUUCGUCGCUGGAUCAGACUGUGAGAUUAUGGGAUUUGCGGUCAUCCACCUGCCAGGGUGUAUUGCAUGGAGACGGAAAGACAUUAGUAGCAUUUGAUCCGCAAGGCUUGGUGUUUGCUGUAGGCAACAACUGCAAUACGAUCCGAGUCUACGAUGUGAGAGAUUAUACAAAAGGACCUUUUGCCACUUGGACAGUAGAGGAUCCUCAAUUCCCAGCUGGCCGACUACCUGAAUGGACCAGUCUCAAGUUUUCCGCAGAUGGAAAACAACUCAUUAUAACCACCACAGCAGACAUUCUUUAUGUGUUGGAUGCUUUUGAAGGCAAACUACUGCAGAGAUUAGUGGGUCAUUCCGGCACGAACAAUGUUGCUUCUUGUGGUGAGGAGGUGUGCAUCACGCCCGAUGCUCGAUUUGUCAUGGCAGGUGGAAGAGAUGCUCAUUUGCGUAUUUGGGAUUUGAACGCAAAUAACGGCAUGCUGGACAAUCAACCAUUUGCUACAUUACCAACACCUCAUAAAACGGGCAUAAAAAUCGUGGGCUAUAAUCCUAGCAAUGCAGUCGCUGUUACUGGUGCUGAAGAGUUAGCCCUCUGGCUACCUUCGUUUGACUAA